UUUCAGGUGCAGAUCCAGUCAAAUAAAGCAAUGAUAAAAGACUGUCCGAGAGCGGAGAGCAAGCAGGGAAAUAGGGAAAAGGCGGCAUCUUUUGGUUAAUUCCCUUGCUCUCUCUCUCUCGUCGGAUUCCACGAAGUCUGUGGGAUUCUCAUUGGUUCUUCUUUUUUAUCUGCUAGAAUCCAUCGAGAUCCGUUCUUCUUACGGAUUCAAGAGGAAAAAUAUUGUUUUUGCUGCUCUCAUCCUUUCAGAUUUGUUUUGAAACAAGAAUUCGACCAGUUCUGUACAGAUUCUUGCUAUUUCCCAGGGAAACGAUUUCUUUUGAGCGGAAAGGGAUUCCUUGGGGAAGAUUCGAUUUGAAUUUCCGGAGUCGUCGGAUUUCGUCCUGGCGUUGAGUGUGUUUGCUUUUGGAUGCUUGAUGGUUUAUUCGGAAAAUGGCUGCGGAUGAUUUGAUUGAGCUGAAGUUUAGGCUUUUUGAUGGUACUGAUAUUGGACCCAAUAAGUACGAUCCUUCUACUGCAGUGGGAUCUCUCAAGGAAAACAUAUUGGCUCGAUGGCCCGCUGGCAAGCAAAUUACUCCAAAGACAAUAAAUGAUUUGAAGCUUAUAAAUGCUGGAAGGAUUUUAGAGAAUAAUCGAACCCUUGCAGAGUCCAGGUUACCUGUUGAGGUGCUUCCUGGCAGUGUAAUUACAAUGCAUGUGGUUGUGCGACCUCCUGUAUUUGAUAAAAACAAUGAAAAGCAGCUAGCAAAUGCCUCAAAGGUAAACAGAUGUUCAUGCUCAAUCCUUUGACCAAACUGGAAUCCUCAUCUCGUACCAAGCCUCUGCAACUCCUCUUCCCUCUGUACAACGAACUGGUAAUAACUGCAAUCUGCAGGUUUGAGUUGCCAUUACAUUUUUCAUCAGGAAUUACAGUCUGCAGGUUCGGUUUGCUCGUUUGAAUAUAGAAGCAAGAACAAGAAUGAUACUGUUCUUAUUGUUUUCACAUCCUUGUUGGCAUUGCUUCUGUUAAGAACUUGGAAUGGUUAAAUCAUCUUUAUACUUGGUAAGUUGUAAGUAAAAAUGAGACGCUGUUGCGACGUAAUGAUUUAAGCAGAUCUUUCUCUCUGUAACUUUGGUUCAAUAACCUACUGGGUUGCUCUGAAUCAUUAGUUUGUUAUAUGAGAAGUAUUUUUAAGCUA